AUGACGGAUUGGAGCAAGUUAAAGGUUGCCGACCUCAAGGAGGAGUGCAAGUCGCGUGAUAUCCCUCUGACGGGCCUCAAACUAAAACAACAAUACAUCGAUAAACUUGAAGAGUACGAGGCGCAGAACGAGGACCAGUCCACUAAAAAUGGGGUGGAAAAUGGACAAGAUUCAGAAGAAGUCGAGGAACAAUCUCCGCCGCAGGAAAAUGGACACAGUGGAGAGGGCACACAUCCCGACCCCGGCACAAAUGAUACGGAAAAGGAUGAGGGGCUGAAGGAUGCCAGCAGACGCAAUCAUCCUGCGGCCGGAGAAGACGAAGGUGGAGCAGACAAGCCUUCAGCAAUUCAAGAAGAGGAUAGUCAGGCUGAAGCCUUGACCAAGACCGAGGAACAGCCUAUCGCAGAAGCAUCUCCCCAGCCUGAUGAGAUAGGGACCAAGGACGAACCAGGAAUCAUUCCGAAGAAGACUGAAGAGAAGCUGGAAACGACUGAGGCUCCUGAACAAAGUGACGAUGCAGUUGACCGCGCAGAGAAGCCAACGAAAGCUGAAGCAACAACCAUCGAUCAGAGCGGCGAAACCAAAAGUACUGCUGUGCUCUCCACACCACCGUCAACAGAAAAUCAGUCUGACUCCAAUACACCCCACUCCUCGCAAAUACCUUCCAGUGAUCUUGCAGAAGACCAGAGGAAGCGGAGAAAACGAAGUGCCACCCCAGUUCCCUCAACGCAAGAUGCAGCUCGCAAGAGAGCGCGGUUAGCAGAAGAGGCAGAGGAUGUGAAGGCGGAAGAAGCUCCAGAGCCAACGGAAGCAGAAGUAGAGGAGGCGAAGGAGAGUCCCGGAGAGCCUAUGAACCGUGAGCCUGCUGAAGUUGUCGUCAAGACAUCUGACGAUGGAGCCGUCAUCAGGGAGCCCCUUUCCAAUCUCGAAGAAACUAAUCCAGGACAACCCGAAGCAAAUGACACCAGAGUGUCUACGUCUCCGCCCAGAUCAACGGCUUCGUUCGAAGAUCGAGACAUUCCACCCGCCAUCCACCCAGCAACAUCAUCUAUCUACAUCCGCAACUUCAAGCGCCCUCUACAUAUCCCUUCUCUUCGCGCUCAUAUUGCAUCAAUAGCAAAAUCGCGUUCCUCCGAGAAUACUGAUCCCGUCAUCACAUUCUACCUCGACAGUAUUCGCACGCAUGCCUUUGUGUCAUUCACCUCAAUCGCGGCGGCAUCGCGGGUCCGCUCUGCGAUGCAUGGAUCACGUUUUCCCGAUGAGCCUCUGAGAGAACCACUCUUUGUCGACUAUGUUCCCCCGAACAAGGUGCAAACAUGGAUCGACCAAGAAACCGGCAGCGGGUUUGGCCGAGGAGGCGGCAGUGGUCGUCGUUUUGAAGUCGUUUACGAACAAGGCGAGAGUAGUGGCAUCGAGGCCAUUUUCCAGGAAGUCGACACCAGCAAACCUCGCCCUCCGCCCUUCGAACCAAGUCGCGGCGUUUCCUUUGACAGGCAGCAGCAGUCAGAAUCUUUUUCCGCAGGUGGUGUCCGUCCAUCCCGCGAGGCUUUGAUCCCUCAUGACAAUCAGCACAAUCGCGACCACCGUCAGCGCGGGCAGCUUCCAGCCGGUGGUCCUCCCCACAACCCAUCUUCAAGCAAUAACGGCACAGGCUUCAAAGCGCUCGACGAACUUUUCGACUCCACCUCCACUAAACCCAAAUUAUACUAUAAACCUGUACCGUCGUCCGUUGCCACCGAGCGGCUGGACAUGUUCCGCGCCUUGCGCCCGGGGUGGGAGGAGAUGGGACGCAGUGGCGAUGAAGGCAUGAAGCGGUUCUCGUUUGAGCGGGACAAGGGCGCAGAAGAGUGGGUCGACAAAGGCCCCGAGUUUGGAUUCGGGCGCAAGGGUCAGUCGAGGUUGGUUGGUGUGGGGGCCGGGGGUGGAAGAGGAAGGGGAGGAGGCGGAGGAUAUCGAGGCAGAGCGGUCGACUCAUGGAGGGGCGGUGGACGGUGA